UUCUUCCAUACACUAUGAGCGUGCUCGUCUGGCUAUUGCGAUGCGCUCAUCGGACCUCAGUUACGACUCGGUGCUGCACCAUGGGUUCCUGUCUAAAACCAUCUCCUCUCUCUCUCCAUCUCUCUCUCUCUCUUUCGCUCUGUAUUAUACACCACUUCCUCGCCUCUGGCGGCGAGACGCCCGCCCACAUCUGUUUGGGUCUGACAUGCCGACCGAUGCGUUCAUCCGUUCAUUCCGGUGUGUGUCCCCGUAAUGCUGCAGCAACAUUAGCAGGCAGCCGCCGCACAGACAGGAAAAGACCAGACUAGAGAAGUCGUAGCCGUCGCAAUAGCAGUGCAAGUAGCUGUGAAGUGGUGGGGAGUGAACUAAAAGAGUGUAAAGGUGGCGCCUUAGCGUGGCUGUAGCGGCAUCGGAAGCAGUGUCGCUUGAUCCGGCUGGGCGGAUGCUGGUCGCUGUCGCCUGCCUGCGUGCUGAGGCUGGGCAAAACGAAGAAGAGCUGUGGUAGACGACGAGGACGAAAACAAAGAACAAAGCGUCGCUUGCGGAUUGUCGCCGACUUUGGUCGUUUGUAGUCGUCGGGACAGGACAAAAAAUAGACAACAACGGUGGCAAGCACGGCCGCGAGCGGUGGGGACUGCUGCUAGCGGUGGUGUGCUGCGACAAGUGACGGGUGUUCACAAACGGCUUAAAUACAGAGAGACAGCUGGACAGGCAGGCAGGCAGCAGUUGAGGAACACCCGCCCAUUGCGCCAGCACUAUCUCAUACAGGACAGUACUACGAUACAAUACACACGUAGCCGAGAAGAGCACGGCUGUGUAUCGACCGCUGUUGCUAGAACGGGCUGACGAGGCUCCAUCAUAGACUAAGGCGGUCGUUGGGUCAGCAGUGCGGCCGGCUGACUGGCACUGAGCCACUGCGUUGGUGACGGCUGCCGAUAGCAACCACUUUCGGUGGAAGUGAGCUAGUGCCGACUGUUGCUAUUACAGUGGCAGUUCAAUUGGGAGGCGCUGAUUGUUGUUGUUUUUGUUGCUGCUGCUGGUUGUUGUUGUUGUUGUUGUUCCUCCUGCCGCCGCAGUGCGAUUGUGACGAUUGUGACCGCUUGCCUGUGCAGUUGUGUUCACAAGUACAGCAGUGCGAGUAUAACAGUGGGGUGUGAGUGUAAAGCCAUUGAGUGGUGCUGAAGCCGUUGCCUGUGAAGGUGGCAGUGAGUGCCACUGAGAAACAGUCGUAGUAGUAGCAGCAGCGUGACAACGGCAGCAGAGCAGUAGUGGUCGCAGCGGAACUGAACAGCGGGAAAAUGUCGGAGGGGGAGCUGAACGUGGACUCGGUGAUCUCGCGGCUGCUAGAAGUACGAGGCGCGCGACCAGGCCGGGCGGUGCAGCUGAGCGAAGCCGAGGUGAGGGCGUUGUGUCUCAAGUCCCGGGAGCUGUUCCAUUCGCAGCCGAUUCUUCUGGAGCUCGAGGCCCCGCUCAAGAUCUGCGGCGACAUUCACGGACAGUACACCGAUCUCCUGCGCCUAUUCGAGUACGGCGGCUUUCCCCCCGAGGCUAACUACCUCUUCCUUGGUGAUUACGUUGACCGGGGCAAGCAGUCACUAGAGACGAUUUGUCUUCUGCUCGCCUACAAGAUCAAAUACCCUGAGAACUUUUUCCUACUUCGCGGUAAUCAUGAAUGUGCUUCCAUCAACAGAAUCUAUGGCUUCUACGAUGAGUGCAAACGCAGAUACAACAUCAAGUUGUGGAAAACGUUCACGGACUGUUUCAACUGCUUACCAAUAGCGGCUAUCGUGGACGAAAAGAUUUUCUGUUGCCAUGGUGGAUUGUCACCCGAUUUGCAGAACAUGGAACAGAUUCGACGCAUCAUGAGACCAACUGACGUCCCUGAUACCGGUCUCCUUUGCGAUCUUUUAUGGUCUGAUCCAGAUAAAGAUGUACAAGGGUGGGGUGAGAAUGACCGUGGCGUUUCAUUCACGUUCGGCGCUGACGUCGUUUCUAAGUUCCUGUCGCGUCAUGACCUUGACCUCGUCUGUCGAGCCCACCAAGUCGUCGAAGAUGGUUAUGAGUUCUUCGCCAAGAGACAGCUCGUCACACUCUUUUCGGCACCAAAUUAUUGCGGCGAAUUCGACAAUGCCGGCGGUAUGAUGAGCGUCGACGAGACACUGAUGUGCUCGUUCCAGAUCCUCAAACCAUCGGAAAAGAAAGCCAAAUAUCAGUAUCAAGGUUUAAACUCUGGCCGGCCCGUAACGCCAUCAAGGGGACCGGUCAAGAAGAAGUGAACCCCAGCAGCAUAAAAAGAGGCAAAACUGAAGGAUUACAUAGAGAGAAGAGGGACAAAGAGAGUGAAAAGCCUGAAGAAAAAGGAUGAUCGGAAGAAGUAGACCGACAAUUUCAUUAACUUGUUAGCUGCUGACCGAUCAACGUCGACGUUGGCCGUAAACAUUAACAAAAAUUACGGUCCUGGAGCGGGAGGAGCGAAGGAUUGCGAAAUAGGAAAUUUAACUGCGGAACAAAGGCUGAAAUGGAAUUCAAACACGAAGCGAGAGUAAAGGUGGAUGAAUACUGAAAUUGUGAAAGACUCAGAACAGAUACGCGCCGACUGAUCUGAACUAUUGUUAUUAUAUUAAAAACAAUAUUAUUAUUAUUAUUAGAACCAUAUAUAUUAUUCUUAUUGCUGAGCAUUAAGCAAUCGAGCGACACUCCGUUUGCUCUUGUCUCCUGAAGGAGACUCGCAUCUCCUGAACUAGUAGAAUAAAGGGUCACACGUAGAUUAUGCAGACCAUGUAAGGAAAGUGGCCCUGUUGUAAACGAUAUGAGCAUGCUGAGGGCUCUGAGUUUCGAAUUCGAGACUUUUCGGGCCGGGCCUAGUUUUCCAUUGGUCUAUAGUGCUCCCGUCAGCCGACCUGAGGCAAAGCGUUACUGGGUAAAGUGGGGGCUGAAAAAUGUGCAAGCGUGAGAUGAUUGUAGCGAAGCUUGACGACGACAAGCUAGGGAUGAAUGUAUGUUGCUGUAUAUAAUAAUAUUAAUGAUAAUAAUAAUAACAAGAAUAAUUAUCUAAUAUAACACAUGAAUGGACUAAUCUCGCGGCACCGUCCUUACCACUACAACGUCAUCACUACCGCACCACCCACGACUGGGUCGCAGCAUCAACACUGGCAACAAAAUGUUAUCAGCCCGGGAUAUUGUCUCGUGAAGCCGAGGGCGAAAGGAGCUGCAGAUUGGGAAAUCGCGUCGUCAAGUCCAGCUGGCUCGAUUCGACAUGGCCACCUGCUGGCGGUCACGUAAUAGCUGAAAACAGCUGCAUGUAAUAAGAAAAAAACUGUAAAAUAGAAAUGCGACGCGAUGUUUAAUGCAAUCACUAUGACAAUUUUGGCAAACGUUAAGACUGGCGAAGCGAGCCCAUAUUUUGGUGGGGUCGCUAAGCGAUUUUGAUGUCAGACAACGAGUCCGCACACCCAAUCGUCUUCCGAUCGCCUGAGCCGUGUUAAUUGAAUUCAACGUUUCUGUGGCUCUCAAUUGUUAUGUGACACUCGGCUGUUCCUAAUAUAUAAACGUAUAUCAAAACUGACAGACAGAGCGAUUAGGAGGGAGAGAGAAAAUGUUACGUCAGUUACACGAUCUUAUUGGAAGGGUCUGUAGUCAGCAUUUUCUGUCACCGCCAUUAUAACCAAUUUACUGCUUUUUUUAUUUGACUGAUGAUUACCUUUCGAUUCACCUUUUAAUUGUACUGAUUUGUUUAUUACUAUAACAACGGGACGUGUAUCAUCAUCAUGUAAUUCCCGGUCACAUAUAUAUAUAUAUACAUAUAUAUAUAUAAAAGACGCGAUGAUACGGUAGAGUAGAUAAAAAGAUAUUUAUGAGAAUGGACGUAGUAUAGAGAUCCGUUUCGGCUAGUGAUGGCAAUUUGCGUCGGAUUUAUUCGUGAGAAUUGUCGGUAUGCGCGCCGGCAUCGGCAAAGUGACAGAAACGACUUGAUGAUCGUAGUGAUUGAAAUGAGUGAUUUUUCUUGGAGACUAACUUACCCGGUAGUACUAGCCGUUAACUGGAAGACGUAACUAGCCUGGUGGUCUUCAAUGACCGCUUAGGGGAUGAGGUGCUUGUUGUUCACGUUGUCUAGGCUACUUCUCCGUUCGAUAUGUGUUGAAUGGCUCAGAUGCCAGAUCAAUAGGCAAUGGCUAAUUGUACAUGACUUCAUGCACAUUGAUAAAUAUGCUGCUUAGUUGAGCUAGAUAAAACAUACAGAAAGAGCGAGCGGAUCAUACUGUAUGAAUCAGUGUUCUGGUGUUAUUGAGUUGACUGGACGUACAUAGGUGUGCUAUAUGUUUCAUUCGGGUAGAGGCUGUGGGGUAUAGAAGAAUGCUAGGAUGCAUCCGACACUUCACUUCUGCUAAAAAACUCAAAAUCACAGAUCUUCACUCACCAUAAUGUCAAAAAAAGUACCACUGCAUUUUCUCAGCAUAUUGCCAGUCCUUAAUUGAAGGAAAAUUUUGUGUUAACAUUUUCGGGCUCACCGAACCGUUCAGAGGGUACUUGGCGCAUGCUAGCGCGGCGUAUCAGUAUAAAAGCAAAGGCAGCAAAGAAAUGGAAAUCUCUGUGGAUGACAAAGGUGAUGGAAAAAAAUCAAUGCAUUUUUGUAUGUGAUUAAUCAUAGAAACAUGGCUUAUCAACUUGUCGCCCGUACCAUAUUCAUGACGAACAAUGAACUAUUGCGACAGGUUGAUUUAGGUCAUCCAUUUCAUGAUAUGUAUUCUAUUCUUAAUAAAAAUUGUCGGAAUGCAAAUCAUAUCAACUUCAGAUUUCUCUUACAUCAAAACCGAACCUAUCUCCGUAAAUAAUGAUAUUAUAGGGGGAUCGUUUAAACCGAAUGGACCGGAUCUGGCGAUGCGUUGACUAUUACCACUUGUAUAGUAGAUACGAACCUGAUCGGUGCUCAGUUUAGGAAAAUUGAAACAGUCGAAUUAUCUUAAUUUUUACUGCUUGCCACGCCAUGUAAUGAAUAAAUUAAAACCCUCAAAAGUGGUUGUAAAUAUCUUCGUUAUUUAUUUGUUGAACGGCGUGUAGAUAGAUAUACACGGUUUCGUGAAAGGUCCAACGAUUGUAUUACUAUCUUUAUGCAACGUAUGUACAACUAUUACGAUUGCGAACCGGAGUAAGUAUAACCUAAAUGUUCUGUCUGUGGAUUCGAAACAUCAUCUUCAUCACAACUCUUAUCUUCCGGAUUGCUUACUUGCCGCAAUUGUACAUGAAGAUUUGUUGGUUACUGUGUGUAUGAAAUAUCUAGAGUGCAUGGUUGACGUAAAGGAGACACUAAAGUAGCAAUACAUCACCAUUGAUUCGUUUCAUCGAUCUAAUAAAUCGAUAUGUAUGUACGAAGUUAAGUGAGCCUGAUUUGCUGAAGAAUCAAACCUAUAACUGUGUUUGAAACGAUCGAGAAUAGAAUACACCGCUGAACAUGAUCUAACGCAUUUAAAACCAAUUUCGACUACAACCUAAGAUUAAACAAGGCUAAUUAACGAUUCGCCAUUCAUCUUACGUUGGAAUAAUCCGAUUUUAGUUAUCGCCGCCGCAAUGGGAAGCAAACUGCGGAGACCAUUACGGGAAAUGUUCAGCGGUUUAAGCAACUAUCGGGAGAAUACAUCCACUAAAAUGGGCCUGACGGCACGGCUUAAGAAUAAGCAAUAAGGCUGACAACUUUAUCAUAGCAGCCAUAUUAAUGUUGUUCUGCCUUCAAGACUUUUCCCCUAUAACAAUUAAUAUAAUCAUAUUCCAGGUAGCUGUUUUAUUAGGAAAUUAUUUGCAUAUGUCCCACUCAUGAUUUUCCUCGGCUGCAGCCGACAAGUGUAGUGCGUUUAUUUUUUGAUUGGAUAAAAAUAAUUCUAUAUUGCUAGUUACGUAUGAAUAUCAAAAAUCUCUAGUAAGAUACGUAUAUGGUAAAACAGUACGUUUAACACGUGGGAAAAAAACAGCGUGAAGGCAAGUGGCAAAAUAGUUAGCAUCAAUCUGAUCAGAAAAAACAAUAUUGUCACAUCUUGCCUCUGAUUAGAGAGACAUGAUGGGCAUCAGUGAUGGGAGAACUGAUUGGCUAAUAUUGUAGUGCCACUUUGACAAGCUCAAACGAGAAAGAAUAAAUUGUGCAGCUGAAAGAUUAGGUUGGUGACGUCAACGGUUCCCCAAAGAAAAAUUACGUACGUACAAUAGGUACAAACAUAUACACAUGAGUUACAUAUAUAUGAAAAAAACGUGAGGCAGAAUGGUUAGGAGCGGGAGGGGAGAGUCUGAUAGUGGAUCUAUCGACAUGCAAAAAACAAAUACAAACCCAAGUACACACAAUCUAAAUCAGCUCUCAGCAAGCAAGCACAGUUGAACGGAAAGAGAAAGAUAAGAACACUAAAAUACAGAAGACGACAAAGUUAGAAUAGUGGAUAAAAUAGGAUAGCGGAUGAAAGAUGAGUCGAGCAAGUAAAACAAAGUGUUGUCUAAAAUGAAUGAAGUGGAUAGAGACAUCGGAACCGAAGAAGAAUAAAUCAAAUAACAGACAGAUGCAUACGAUGCUAGCUAAUACAGCAUAUGAACGUUAAUCCAACGGGAAAUAACGUUUAUAAAUAAAUACUAUUAUUACUUAUAUCAUACUACAAUAUAUAACUGUUGGGCAGAGGAAGUCAUCUUGAGAGGACGAUAACAUGAGUCAAGAGAAAGAAAUCACCAUUGCGCACGCUGAAAACAAAGCUAACAUUUACGAAACGGUACCGUUUGUAAUGCGCAACCCACAGUUAGUGCGAGCUGCACACGCGUCGGAGCGGAGAAGACAAAAUGAACGGUAGUUUUAAAUUGAUUUUAUCUUAUUGUAUGAAUGUACCUAUAAAUUGUUUUAAACAAAUUGUGGAGAAGAGGCAGAACAUUUCACUCAUGACUUUAGCGAAGCAGAAACGCAGGCGAGUACCCUGGACGAAUAAUUUGCAGAGUACUGGUAUUUUAUUUAUUAUUAAACCAUAUAUAUAUAUAUAUAUAUAUAUAUAUAUAUAUAUAUAUAUAUAUAUAAAACAAACACUAGCUAAAAUUAGCGGUAUGGACUAAGAGGGCGGUACCGAAGGUGAAAAAGCGAGAAAUUAGAUUAAUAAUAAUAUAGUAAUUAUAAGAGAAGAAUUAAAUAUUACGCAUAUGUAGGCACGUAAACUUGCGUCCGCCAUAAUAACAACAUAAUAAUAACGAUAGAAGCCACAAAAAAACUAUCUGCCAAGUAAACAUGUCCGGUGUCACAAAAGCAAAUAUGGAGGUGAGGAGACAAAAAAAAGGUAAAAUAAACUACAUGUUGUAUUGUUACACGACCUAGUGUUUUUUGUUUCACAUACGAAUGCUUAUUAGAUUAUCGCAAUCAAACACGAAAUCGCCCGGGUGGCUGUUGACUCAGUUAGGCGGAAAUAUUAAAAAAUGA